GUUGGAUCCUAAUCCCUCAGGCUUGACUGCAUCACGGUCUCGGGAUAAACUGACAUGUCAGCUUUGGGCGUUUGAAAAUGUCCCUUGGACCUAUUUUUUUGCUCCGAAGUAGUUUAAUGGAAGGCCCCAUCUGGUUGAGCAUGCAAAGAUUGUAGUGCAUCGUCGCACGCCGACACUCUGACGUCCCCGAGCACCGGAAACCUGCGAGCCCGCCGGAUCACGACCAGGAGGAAACCAUGAACGACCCCUAUCAGAACAACGUCAACCAGCAGGUGACCGAAGCGGGCGAGUACACCUACAGCCAAGAUGGAAGAGGUCGGGACGGAUACCCCUACCAAACGGACUACCCGCCUCAAGAGGAGGACGCCGCCAGCGACGCCACAGAGGGCGCUGAUGAGGACGAGCAAAUGUACGAGGGCGAGUACCAGGGCGUGCCGCACCCGGACGAGAUCAAGGAGGCCCGGCGAGCGGCGCGCCAGGAGGCCCGGCGAAAGGCCCGGUUGGCCGCCCAACAAGAGGACAAUGAUGAGGAAAAUCUGCCUGAGCAGUAUGAGACCAUCAUGGAGGACUGCGGACACGGUCGCUUCCAGUGGAUGCUCUUCGUCGUGCUAGGCCUGGCGCUGAUGGCCGACGGUGUGGACGGCUUCGUGGUGGGCUUCGUCAUGCCGAGCGCUGAGAAGGACAUGUGCAUAUCCAACUCGGACAAGGGCUUGUUGGGCCUGCUGGUGUACGUGGCCAUGAUGGUGGGGGCGUUGGUGUGGGGGGGUCUGUGCGACAAGAUGGGGCGCAGGAAAUGCCUGAUCUACGUCCUGUCCAUCGACCUGAUCUUCUCCUUCCUGUCGUGCUUCACUCAAAGCUACGGCUUCUUCCUGUUCUUCAGGUUUUGCUCAGGCUUCGGAAUCGGAGGCUCCAUCCCCAUCGUGUACACAUACUUCACCGAGUUCCUUCAGAUGGACAAACGUGGCGAACAUCUGAGCUGGCUCUGCAUGUUCUGGAUGUUGGGAGGACUCUACGCCUCCUUCACCGCCUGGGGGAUCAUCCCCCACUACGGUUGGGGCUUCGCCAUCGGCACGGAAUUCCAGAUGCACAGCUGGAGACUCUUCAUCCUGGUGUGUCUCUUUCCCGCUCUGGCCGCUCUCGUCGGCGUCGUCUUCAUGCCGGAAAGUCCGCGAUUCCUCCUGGAGAGCGCCCGUCACGACGAGGCAUGGAUGGUCCUGCGUCGUGUUCACGACACCAACUGGAAGGCCAAAGGCGAACCCGAGAGAGUCUUCACUGUGACCAGCAUCAAAACGCCGCAGACGCAGGAAGACGAGUUCAUCGAGAUCCAGAGCGACACGGGCACCGCCUUCCAGCGUUGGACCGUCCGACACAUGACCAUGCUGCAGCAGGUGAUGGCUAAUGUGAUGUCACUGGCUGCGCCUGACCUGCGACUGCAAGGCCUCUUCCUGGUCAUUGUUUGGUUCUGUCUGGCCUUCAGCUACCAUGGACUCGGGGUGUGGUUCCCCGACAUGAUCAAGUACAUGCAGUACCAGGAGUACGAAUCCAAAGUCCGCAUUUUCCAUCGGGAACGCGUGGAGCGUUUCCACUUCAACUUUUCGCUGGUCAACCAAGUGCACCGCGAGGGCGAGUACAUUCACGACAAGUUUGCUAACAUUGAGAUCAAAUCGGUCAAGUUUGAAGACUCUUUGUUUGAGAACUGCUACUUUGAAGACAUCAAGUCCACCAACAGCUUCUUUGAGAACUGCACCAUCAAAAACACAGUUUUCUACAACACGGAUCUGUGGCAAGAGAAAUUCAAAGACUGUCGCAUGGAGAACACCACCUUCCUGCACCCCAAGAAAGGCUGCCACCUCAAUUUCCAGGAGGAGAACGACAUUGUCAUUUAUCUGGUCAGCUUUCUGGGUAGCUUGGCGGUGCUGCCGGGAAACAUUAUCUCGGCGCUCUUCAUGGACAAGAUCGGACGAAUACGAAUAAUAGGUGGUUCCAUGCUGGCGUCAUCCGCCUGCACCUUUCUACUGCUGCUGAGUUUCAGUCAAGGAGCAGUCAUAUGUUGGCAGUGUCUGUUCUACGGCGCUAGCGUGGCCGCCUGGAACGGACUGGAGGUCAUUUCCGUGGAACUAUACCCAUCCUCUAAAAGAGGCACAGCGUUCGGCGUCCUCAACGGCAUCUGCAAGUUGGCCGCCAUCAUUGCCAGCUUCAUCUUUGCGAAGUUCGUGGGCAUCACUAAGAUCAUCCCAAUCUUCUUGGCCUUCUCUGCACUCGUCUGCGGGGGUCUGCUAGCGCUAAAGCUGCCCGAGACCCGGGAGAAGAUCCUGUCUUGAAGAAAGCCAAACGCAGCCGCCUGCACCAACAACGCCGCCGCUGCCAGCGGGCUGGCCAUCUGACCGCAGCUGACCGCCAAUUAUUUGAGGUGAACGCCGCGGAUCCAGAACUGGAUGUUUUACAUUGCCUCCGUGGACCUUCACUUGCUGUUCCCGUUACGCUGGAUCAUGUGAAAAUCCGAAACUAGUAUUUGUCUUUCGAUUUGUAUUUUCCCUGGUAUUCAACGUACACAGUCAUAUAGUUACUUCCUUUGAGGUCCGCGUUAAAAAGACAGAACAGUGCUUUAAAAGUGAUGUACUUCCUGUCGCCAUGUUGUGCUUUGGUUCCUCUUCCUGUUCGGAAAAAGCCAAAAGUUUCCACCAAGCAGUAGACUUGCAUUUGACGGUACCAGGUAAGAAAUGGCUUUUAAGGUGUCCUCCAUUAUGUUUACUGGGUGGCCUUGCUCUUCGAUAUUGAAUUAAUCGGCGGUAAACGAUUUACGUUGACAUAGCAUUAGCGACAAAACAUUUUUUGUUUAGGCUAAUAAAAACUACAUAGGCAAGUUUGUCGACAUAAAGGUGCUAAAAUCAGAACAUUUUGGCUUUUAUUAUCUUCACGUCACUGGUUGCCAAGCAAACAACUAAAUGUUUUAUUUAAAUUGAUUUUUUAUUAAUUCACCUGUCCUUGGCCCUCCAAAAAUGGGAGCAAUAAUUUUAUUUAUGAUCCAAAUUAAACAUAAAUAAAUUAAAUUAAACAAAAUUUGGAGAUAUGGGCUGUUUUUGUUGCUACUUAGCAUGAAAUUACUGAGAAACAGAGAAGUUAGUCAAAUGGUACAAAAUUCGAAAAAUCUGAACGCACUAAAUUUACCGCUUGGUGGAAACUAUUACAAAAAAAUUCCUUUUCAUUCCACAACUGUUUUCCGUGUUGACGAGUAUUUGAAUAUCAUGCAUAGCUUAUUUUAAAUUCAGGAAUUUAGUGCAAGUUCUCUGGUCUUCCGUAUUUUCUACCCUGUUUUUUCAUCAAGUUCUGACAUAUAGUCCUAAUAUUCAUUUUUGUUCCUUAUAUCUGUGUAU